AGCAUCCAGGUCGCAGUGUGCACACGUGGAGGCUCAUUGGCUGCAGGCAGGCUGACACCGUUUCCCUGCUCCGCAGAUUCGCGCAGCUGUAGCGGGUGCUCGGAGCCGGUGGAGCCAGCAGGUGGUACUCUACUGUCGACUGUGUCCUACUGUUGAAUGCGGGCGGCCGGCUGGUUGAAGAGCGAUCUGACCACCGGGACGAGGUCAGACGGAGAAAAGCAAAGCGGCUUCUUUAUCCGGGAGGAGGUGGACACACAACCGGGCACUUCAGUCACCGAGGUAAGCAGGUUAGCCUCCGCCGGGUGGUGACUCUCCGGGCUCCGCAGAGGUGACCGGUGGACGCCGGUGGCCAGCAGGCUCGGUGCAGCGCCUUGCAGUGAACCCCCUCCCCUGGAGAAUAAAGCAUCUGGAAGCUCAGACUGGGAGAAAGAGAAGAAAGAGGAGAAAGAGAAGAGUGGGACGCGGAAUUAUUAUCGGAUACAACACGGACUCACCAAGGGUUUAUACCGAAAUGGGAAAAGAAGUAUCAGUCACCUUGUAAGAUGUUUCCUCACCACAGAGAAAGGGAGCAGCCGAUCUUCAGUGCCCGGGCACACGUUUUCCAGAUCGACCCGGCCACCAAGAGGAACUGGAUCCCCGCCAGCAAACAUGCCGUCACUGUGUCCUUCUUCUAUGAUGCGAACCGUAACGUGUACCGCAUCAUCAGCGUGGGCGGUACCAAGGCAAUCAUCAACUGCACCAUUACACCCAGCAUGACCUUCACCAAGACGUCUCAGAAGUUCGGCCAGUGGGCGGACAGCAGGGCCAACACUGUGUAUGGACUUGGUUUUGCUACAGAGCAACAGCUGCAUCAGUUCUCAGAUAAGUUUAAGGAGGUGAAAGAUGCAGCUCGUCUGGCGCGAGAAAAAUCGCAGGAUAAAGAACUGGCCAACACGGCGCUCACCAUCGCUGCUCCACAGUUCUCACAGGACCUCUCUGAUGAACUCCAGUCUCCACCGGUGAUGUGUGUGAACGGACCCGAGGACAAGCUGUUCCGCAGCCAGAGCGCGGACAUCACCCUGUCUGCUGAGAAGGAGCGCAUUAAGAAGAUGCUCUCUGAAGGGUCUAUCUGUGAGAUGAACCUGGAAGCAGAGUUCUUCACUCUGCAGGACAGCAACACCAAGCUGGUGGCAGCUUUGCAUGAGGCUAAUGCUAAUGUGGAGCAGUGGAAGAAACAGCUUGUAGCCUAUCAGGAGGAGACAGACAGACUCAGAGAGCAGGUGGUUGAAUUAGAGGCCCAUGGAGGCCAUGGCCCCAGUGACCUGCUGAAGGAUGAGCUGACCCAGUCCCUGGAGGAGCUAGAGGCCCUGCUGAAGGCCAAAGAUGAGGAAAUCCACAUUUUGCAAAGCAAGAAAGUAGAGUACCACGAGAUGGAACAUCACAGGGAUGAGGCCAUUCAUAGAUUACGGGAGACAGAGAUGCGCAACGCUGAGUUGGAGCAUCGCAUCCAGAACUCGGAGCAGAACCUGAAUAACUCUCUGGAGGACCGGGAUCGCAUGGACUGUGAAAUCCAGAGGGCCAUCGAAAUUCUAGACAUCAAGAUCUUUGACCUUAAUGACCUUCGCCAGAGCCUGGUUAAACUCAUAGACAAAUAAGAGUGUGAAAAUGGGUCAAUAUCCAACCCGAGACAGAGACAUGGAACAGAUGACAGGUUUAAACAAAACAAGAUGGAGCUGGCCCUGUCCUCUUCACGCACAAGAACCACCUCGGCAGCAGGGAGGGAGCAGCAUAAACAUGGUUUUGCUUAUACAAUCUAAUGUAACGCUUCAUGUUGCUUUCAAGGGUAACAGUCAAUGCAAUAAACCAACUUUAAGGUAAGUGCUUAACACCGCUAGACAUUUAAUGAGAAUUGGUGCUUGUAGUUUUUCAUAAGUAUGACUUUUGUACACUUGUGCAGUGUCGGUAUGAAUAAGAGGCCUUGUUCUUUUGUUUUUUUAAAUGACGGGGGAUAUUUUCACAUCUUUAGAGCAAAACGAGUCCAUGAAGUGAAUGCAAAUAAAAAAUAAGACAAUACAAAAUUACUUUAAAGAGAAUUGCCUAUUUAACAGCCUGCCUAAAAUAUAUGUAUUACUGAAUUAACAACCAACAAAGUUUAAUUUAUGCAGAGAUACACUUGUGCAUGGUCUUAUAGAUACUCAUGCAUAAUGUAGUAGCUGUUACUUUGUGUUGAGUGAAGGACAGAGUUGUUCUAGUUGGUGCUUUUACCACAGGACUAAGCAAUGACAUAUAUUCAUAGUCAGUAAAAAUGUAUGCCACACACAUUAAACAUUAGAUCUUACUAGUGACACCAAAGAUCAAAUGUUAGAAGCAGAGUCAUCGAUAAGGUAUUUCAGCACUUGUCUAUUAUCACAUCUUCAUUUAAGCUCGUAAGAAUCCUUUAAAUCUAAUAUGUGUGACAGUAACCUGUAAGUAGAUAUGAUACAAUAUGUAAUUACAUUUAGGAUAAAUUAGUAUUUUCCACAUGAUAUAAAUCAAUAAUGUUACAGCUAUUAAGUAAACACAAGAAAUAAAAGUCAUCACUUAGAUAAGUUGAACUGGUCCCGUCUGAAUAGUCGUCCUGUGCAUCAUCUCUGAACGAACCACUGACUGAGUAACUGAUUUAGGAUAAGAGACAUGUUCUGCCUUUGUCUGUGGCCAAUACGCCGCACGCCUUGUGAGUGUGGCUGUUCUGUUUGAAAAGUGGUACAAAUCUUUUUUCCUAUUGGUCAACACAGUCCAUGAUGCUAUGUGUGUGUGUGUGUGUAUAUAUUUUUUCAAGCCUUAUUGUUCUAUUUCAAGGAUGGUUGUUGAUAAUCACGCCAGUCUGUCUCUCAACUGUUGUCAUUGCAGUUUGGAAAUAAAAGCAAAGAAUACACUUUAAUGU